AUGGGAUAUACGACGCUGUGGAAGCGGCUCUCGCCGCGCCAGCUGAAUUUUACCAUACAAAUUUUCUCCCUCAUUUCCAUCUUCUUCGAGGGCUAUGACCAAGGCGUCAUGGGCGGCGUCAAUUCUUCACCUAGGUAUGUCACAGAGGUCGGUAUUGGUAAGUCGGAUGGCACUGUGACCGACACCACGCACCAGGGUGGCAUUAUCAGCGUUUAUUACCUGGGUGCCAUCUUUGGUUGUUUUGCUGGAGGAUAUUUGGCUGAUCGAGUCGGCCGUAUAAAUGGUCUUUUGAUGGGCGCAUUGUUCGCCCUGGUCGGCGGUGCAUUACAGAGUGCCGCUCAGAGCUCUAACUUUAUAAUCUGCGCUCGGGUGGUAACCGGUGUUGGCACUGGAGCUUUAACUGGUAUCACGCCUGUCUUGGUCUCAGAAACCUCUUCAGCAGAUCAUCGUGGCGGUUUUCUAGGCUAUGUUUUCGUUGCCAAUUACCUAGGGAUAUCAGUCGCAUAUUGGAUUUCCUUCGGUCUCGCUUUCAUCGACAACGGCUACUCGGAUGUGAGAUGGCGAUUUUUGCUCGCUUUCCAAUGCGUUCCAGCUUUUAUCCUUGUCGCUUGCAUCAAGAUGCUACCCGACAGUCCCCGUUACCUCGCUUCAGUUGGACGCAAACAGGAGGCUCGCGAACUGUUAGAACAACUUCGGCGACAUCAUUCCACCCCCCAAGAAAUUGAUCAUGAAUUUUUUGAGAUUGUGACAUUGGCGGAGGAAGGCGAACGUGGCUCUCUUCAAUUUGCAAAAAUUUUAUUUGGGCAGAGUGGUAAGCUGCAUCCAAAUUUGGGUAGGCGAGCUUGGCUAUGUGUCUGGCUACAGAUCAUGGCCUCCUGGACGGGUAUUACUGCUGUCACUGCAUAUGCUCCGGUUCUCCUCGAGCAAGCCGGAUACAGCAAACUUAAAAUAAACGGUCUGGCCGGUGGUAUCAACACAAUUGGUAUCUUUGGUACCCUCAUAAGUGCUCAGAUUGUCGAUCGAUUAGGCCGUCGCGUCUGCCUGAUAGGCGGUGCAGCGAUCUUGUUUAUCGUCAAUCUAAUUGCCGGCGCUGUCUACGAGGGCUCAUUGCACAAUCCUGAAAAGGCGGCUCAGUACGCUGCCGGUGCUAUUGCUAUGUUGUUCUUAUUCAACCUUGGUUAUGCUGCGACAUGGGGUACUGUCGCAUUCUUAAUUCCUACGGAAAUAUUCCCUAGCGAUCUGCGAGCCCAAGGAAAUGGCUUCGGAAUUACAGGUUGGGCUAUCGGUGUCGGCAUGACUACUCUGGUCAACCCGAUUAUGUUUGAGACCCUGAAGAGCCGCACUUAUUUCCUCUUCGCCGGUCUCAAUUUGCUCUGGAUCCCGAUUCUCUAUCUCUUUUACCCGGAAACAUGUAACCGCUCCCUGGAAUCGAUCGAAACAUUGUUCUCCACCCCGAGCCCCUUCCACUGGAAGAUGGAGCAGGCAUUUGAAUUACAUGGUAAUGUUUUGGCGGAACGUGGAAUUAGAAAGAAUGAUGGUCUUGAGGAUGACAUGAAUGAGUUUGAAUCAUUUGAGAAGCCAGAGGAGCAGAUGAUUGCCUAA